UCCACUGCGAUGUAAUAUCGAACACCGGGGGGGUGGACAGAGGGGGACUUCUGUAGCCAACACGCCACAUACACAACCCGCAUGCGGCGAGCGAGACGCACCGUGAACACCGCUCACACAGUCGGCCAUGUGGCAGAGUCAGCCUGCGGGGUGUCGUGGCCAGGUGUCCGCGAAACACGAGAGAAAGCGGGAACGGAAAACGCCCGUUGAGGUUAAUGAAAACGGAAGCCUCCUGGACCUGGAACCAGAAGAGAUGCAGGACGAGGAGGAUCCGAUGGACUACUGCUACGGAGGGUACCACCGUGUUCAGAUAGGGGACACCUUCAACCGACGAUACCAGGUUCUGAGGAAGCUUGGCUGGGGCUACUUCUCUACGGUCUGGUUAUGUUUGGACCUCAGGCUGAGUAAAGAGGUGGCUGUAAAGGUGUUGAAGAGUGGGGCAGGUUUCACACAGGCUGCUCAGGAUGAGUUAGCACUACUGCGCUGUCAGGGCUGUAUUGAAUCUGGCUGUUCCCCCCCCCCCGUACCGCACCUCCCCCACCCCCCCACCCCACCCCACCACCAGGUCUGCGGGCCCAACAGGAAGCACCCACACAGCCAGAACAUUGUCCAGCUGCUGGAUGAAUUCAAACUAGCCGGAGAGAACGGGAUUCACGUGUGUUUGGUUCUGGAGCCGCUGGGUCCAGAUCUCCACAGCUGGCAGAAAUGCUUUGGGAACCCCGGUCUCCCGCUUCCCUGGGUCAAGCAGGUCAUUAAACAGGUUCUGCAAGGGCUGGAUUACCUGCAUAGCCAGUGUAAAAUCAUACACACUGACAUCAAACCUGAAAAUAUCCUGCUGUGCUUGGGGAAGCAAUAUUGCAGGCCGGCAGCAGAGGGCGCAGUUUGCACACAAUUCCCUAGUGAAGAGUCUCCGUGCCAGUACAGUGCAGCUCCAGUGAACAAGUCCAGUGACAGCGGGUCGAUAUCCAGCCGCACAAAGGGGAUUUCUGUCAAGUUAGCAGAUCUAGGGAGUUCCUGCUGGGUGUACAAGCACUUCUGUGAUGAGAUCCAGACCCGUCAGUACCGGUCCCUGGAGGUCCUGCUGGGUUCUGAGUACGGACCGCCGGCUGACAUCUGGAGUGUGGCUUGCAUGGCUUUUGAGCUGGUCACUGGUGAGCCACUGUUUGAGCCCAAGAGAGGGAAGACCUUCUCCUUGGAAGAAGACCACUUAGCUCACAUUAUAGAGCUUCUGGGAAGAAUCCCUGCUUCUGUGGCUCUGUCUGGGAAAUAUUCUGAUUACUACUUCAACCAGAAAGGUGACUUGCGUAGGAUCAGCAUCCUGCGGCCGUGGGGUAUGUACGAGGUCUUGGUGGAGAAGUACCACUGCAGCCUGAAGGAGGCCACCCUAUUCUCUGACUUCCUGCUACAGAUGCUGAACUUCCUGCCAGAGAGAAGGGCAACUGCAGCCCAGUGUCUCUCUCAUCCCUGGCUCAGCUCGUGACAGCAGCUACUGUUGAAUAACGAUGACCUCUGAUCUACGACACUAAUUUCUACAGUACAUAUUGAUACCCUGUUCUAAAUUAGAUAUAGCCCAACUGGUACUGGCAAUUUCAGUGGAUAACCAGACCAGAGGAUGUAAGAGUUUUUUUUAUUGAACUGAACUCAUUUUAAACUAUACAUUUUUACUGACAUUUUUAAUUAUGUAUUAUCUGUAUUUAUAUGUGCCUUUUUAUAAAUGGUGCAUUCAGGAUGAGACAAAUUCAAUGUCUAAAUGUCACAAGAUAAUGAUACAUAAUGACAAAUAGAACUAUAAGGACAUAAGGUGGAUGAAAUAAAGUUUUAGGGUAGACAAAAAAGAUCUACAUAAUAUUUACAUAUUGUUCUUUGCAAACAGUUCACUGAAUAGAUUUUAAUCGGAGUAUCUUUUUUUUGU